GUUUUUUUAAAUAUCAAAAAGAGAUAAAAUUGAUUGUUUGGAUUUUAUCUUUAAGACUAAGACAACUUCUUUAAGCUGGAAACGAUCGCUUCUCUCCCUUUGUUAAACGUAAUUUUGAUGCAAGUUUUGAACAACUACACAAAAAAGUCUCGAAUGGAUGGAUUGUUAUUAAGGAUCAUAAUGGCAUAGCAAAAUGUUGGGGAUCAUCGAUUCCACCUAAUGCCUUAAUGAUUUACUCAAUUGUUAAUAAAAAUUUAUUUCGACGAAAAAAAGUCUAUAAAAUUGGGUAAUUCAUAUCCUUAGUUAAAUAAAUAAUAUCCUCGAUAUAUCUAACAAUCAUAUAGAAAAUUUGAUGAUUAUCAACACAUAAAAUUACAAAGAAAAGAAAAGAGAGAUAUCAUCGAAAUUAUUGUGUAUAUUCACCAUCUUCCCCCACCGUCAAUAUAAUUAACGAUUAGGCUAACAUCAAAUCUUUCUUUCCUCUCCAAACCAACACACACACACACAAAAAGAGAGAACAAAAAUAAAAAUGGCUUCCUCCUCCGUGCCAGAAAUAGUGACCGGAUAUCCAAUUCCAUCGUCCUUGGCCACUCCUCCUCCUCGUCGUAGAUGGUGGUCACGACCAAUAGUGACUAUACCGCCAACGCAUGUUCGUGAAGCCACUUGUAUGGAAACUACGGUUUGCUGUACACCUUGUUGGGCCGGCUUAUUCACCAUCCUCGCCGUUUAUUUAUUGCUCUUUCACGUCAUCGAUAAUGCUCGCUGCCACGCCAAAUUCUCCAUCCAAUCCAUCGCUGUCUCUCCCUCCUCUGCCACGUGGCACUUGAUUUCCUCGUCAAAAACCCUAGCUCCAGCUGCUUCUGUCUAUAGUCUUGCAGGUACUCUAUCUACUACGGAGCCGAUGAAACUACCGUGAGUCUCGGUCCUUUAAACGCUGCCGUUUUAGAUACUUUUCACGAACGUAAGUCUCGAAGUCACACGGCCUUCUCAGUGGAUUUCGUUGCCGAGGGUAAUCCAAACGGAGUCGUUUUCGAAGAAUUAUAUAUCAAAUUAAAGGCGACUCAUAAGGUUUACAGAUAUGUCUUUGAUAACGCUGGACAUAUUGAUAUCAGGUGUCAUAAUCUAACCCGAAGCUAUGAGAACGUUGAGAGGAUUCAAUGUCACUCUUCUUACACAAAGUUGGAGACUUUGAUUGAUGGAUAAGUUCUUAUGAUUAGGCCUUUUCAUCAUAAUCUUUUUUUUUUUUUCUGUUUUGACUCGAGAUCUUUUUUUCUUCCAUUUGUGUGAACUAUAUUAUUUUUAUUUGUUAACAACUGAUUUCACUUAAUAUUUACCAAUUGUUUACAUAUUCUUCAAAGAGAAGUGUAUUAAUUAUUUUGAGAAAUUAAUUACCGCUUAUAACCAAA